UGGCGUCAUUGACGUUACUGUCGUUAGAAACGCAUUAAGCAAUACAAGAGAACGGACGCAACGACACAUCAAGAAAUAUUUAAAUAAACGCAAAUGUACGAUAUAGCAUUGAAUCAAGAGACGCGCAAUUUAUUCCAGCCUACCCCAGUUGGAAGGUAUUUCGUAUCUCAAGGGGGUUAUCCAGCUUUCGUGAACGACGUGAUUAUGCCCAUGAUAGCGAAACUUGCAGUCGAACUUCACGAAGCACGAGUAGCAUGCAGUGAGAUGUACCCAAUAGUUCGACGGCGAGUGCAGAACUACGUACUCGAAGAGGCUACAAAAGAAGGAUUUCUAUGCGCCAGGCCGCGUCGCAGAAUAAGGCAUCAGAACAGAAAAGAACAGGGCUGCACAGAUGACAAGCGCUGCGCAGAUGGCAAAAGCUGCGCAGAUGACAAAGGCUGUGCAGAUUUCAAAGGCAGCUCAAAUGACAAGGGCUGCACUAAUGACAAGGGCUGCGGAGAUGACAAAAGCUGCACAGAUGACAAAGGCUGCGCAGAUGACAAAGACUUCGCAGAUGACAAGGGCUCCACAGAUGACACGGGCUGCGCAGAUGAAAAUGGCUGCGCAGAUGACAAUGGCUGCGCAGAAGACAAAAGCUGCGCAGAUGACAAAGGCUGCGCAGAUGACAAAGGCAGUGCAGAUGACGAGGCAUGCACAGAUGACAAAGGCUGUGCAGAUGACAAAGGCUGCGCAGAUGAAAAAGGCUGCGCAGAUGAGAAAGGCUGCGCAGAUGACAAGGGUCUCAGAGAUGACAAGGGAUGCACAGAUAACACGGGUUGCGCAGAUGACAAAGGCGACGCAGAUGACAAAGGCUGCGAAUAUGACAAAGGCUGUGCAGAUGACAAAGGCUGCGCAGAUGACAAAAGCAGUGCAGAUGACAAAGGCUGCGCAUUUGACAAAGGCAGUGCAGAUGACAGUGCAGAUGACAAAGGCUGCGUAGUUGACAAAGGCAGUGUAGAUGACAAAGGCUGUGCAGAUGACAAAGGCUGCGCAGAUGACAAAUGCAGUGAAGAUGACAAAGGCUGCGCAGAUGACAAUGGCUACACAGGUGACAAAGGCUGCGAAUAUGACAAAGGCUGCGAAGAUGACAAAGGCUGCGAAGAUGACAAAGGCUUCGCAGAUGGCAAAAACUGUGCAGAUGACAAAGGCUGCGCAGAUGACAAAUGCUGCACAGAUAACACGGGCUGCGCAGAUGACAAAGGCUACGCAGAUGACAAAGGCUGCGAAGAUGACAAAGACUGCGCAGAUGACAAAGGCUGCGCAGAUGACAAAGGCUGUGCAGAUGACAAAGGCUGCGCAGAUGACGAAGGCAGCGCAGAUGACAAGGCAUGCACAGAUGACAAAGGCUGUGCAGAUGACAAAGGCUGCGCAGAUGAAAAAGGCUGCGCAGAUGACAAAGGCUGCGCAGAUGACAAGGGUCUCAGAGAUGACAAGGGAUGCACAGAUAACACGGGUUGCGCAGAUGACAAAGGCUACGCAGAUGACAAAGGCUGCGAAUAUGACAAAGGCUGUGCAGAUGAAAAAGGCUGCGCAGAUGACAAUAGCAGUGCAGAUGACAAAGGCUGCGCAUUUGACAAAGGCGGUGCAGAUGACAGUGCAGAUGACAAAGGCUGCGCAGUCGACAAAGGCAGUGUAGAUGACAAAGGCUGUGCAGAUGACAAAGGCUGCGCAGAUGACAAAUGCAGUAAAGAUGACAAUGGCUACGCAGAUGACAAAGGCUGCGCAAAAGAAAAAGGCAGUGUAGAUGACAAAGGCUGUGCAGAUGACAAAGGAAGUGCAGAUGACAACGCAUGCACAGAUGACACAGACUGUGCAGAUGACAAAGGCUGCGCAGAUGAUAAAGGCUGUGCAGAUGACAAUGGCUGCGCAGUUGACACGGGCGGCACAGAUGACAAUGGCUGUGCAUAUGACAAAGACUGUGCAGACGACAAAGGCUACGCAGAUGACAAUGGCUACGCAGAUGACAAAGGCUGCGAAUAUGACAAAGGCUGCGAAGAUGACAAAGGCUGCGAAGAUGACAAAGGCUUCGAAGAUGGCAAAAACUGUGCAGAUGACAAAGGCUGCGCAGAUGACAAUUGCUGCACAGAUAACACGGGCUGCGCAGAUGACAAAGGCUACGCAGAUGACAAAGGCUGCGAAGAUGACAAAUACUGCGCAGAUGACAAAGUCUGCGCAGAUGACGAUGGUAGUGCAGAUGACAAAGGCUGCGCAGAUGACAAAGGCUGCGCAGAUGACAAAGCAUGUGCAGAUGGCAAAGGCUGUGCAGAUGACAAAGGCUGCGCAGAUGACAAAGGCUGCGCAGAUGACAAAGGCUGCGCAGAUGACAAAGGCAGUGCAGAUGACAGCGCAUGCACAGAUUGCAAAGGCUGUGCAGAUGACAAAGGCUGCGCAGAUGAUAAAAGCUGCGCAGAUGACAAUGACUGCGCAGAUGAUACGGGCUGCGCAGAUGACAAAGGCAGUGCAGAUGACAAAGACUGCGCAGAUGACAAAGGCUACGAAGAUGACAAAGGCUGUGCAGAUGACAAAGGCUGCGCAGAUGACAAAGGCUGCGCAGAUGACAAAGGCUGCGCAGAAGACAAAGGCUGCGCAAAUGACAAAGGCUGUGCAGAUGGCAAAGUCUGUGCAUAUGACAAAGGCUGCGCAGAUGACAAAGGCUGCGCAGAUGACAAAGGCUGCGCAGAUGACAAAGGCAGAGCAGAUGACAACGCAUGCACAGAUGACAAAGGCUGUGCAGAUGACAAAGGCUGCGCAGAUGAUAAAGGCUGCGCAGAUGACAAUGACUGCGCAGAUGAUAUGGGUUGCGCAGAUGACAAUGGCUGCGCAUAUGACAAAGACUGCGCAGAUGACAAAGGCUACGCAGAUGACAAAGGCUGCGAAGAUGACAAAGGCUGUGCAGAUGACAAAGGCUGCGCAGAAGACAAAGGCUGCGCAAAUGACAAAGGCUGUGCAGAUGGCAAAGUCUGUGCAUAUGACAAAGGCUGCGCAGAUGACAAAGGCUGCGCAGAUGACAAAGGCUGCGCAGAUGACAAAGGCAGAGCAGAUGACAACGCAUGCACAGAUGACAAAGGCUGUGCAGAUGACAAAGGCUGCGCAGAUGAUAAAGGCUGCGCAGAUGACAAUGACUGCGCAGAUGAUAUGGGUUGCGCAGAUGACAAUGGCUGCGCAUAUGACAAAGACUGCGCAGAUGACAAAGGCUACGCAGAUGACAAAGGCUGCGAAGAUGACAAAGGCUGUGCAGAUGACAAAGGCUGCGCAGAAGACAAAGGCUGCGCAAAUGACAAAGGCUGUGCAGAUGGCAAAGUCUGUGCAUAUGACAAAGGCUGCGCAGAUGACAAAGGCUGCGCAGAUGACAAAGGCUGCGCAGAUGACAAAGGCAGAGCAGAUGACAACGCAUGCACAGAUGACAAAGGCUGUGCAGAUGACAAAGGCUGCGCAGAUGAUAAAGGCUGCGCAGAUGACAAUGACUGCGCAGAUGAUAUGGGUUGCGCAGAUGACAAUGGCUGCGCAUAUGACAAAGACUGCGCAGAUGACAAAGGCUACGCAGAUGACAAAGGCUGCGAAGAUGACAAAGGCUGUGCAGAUGACAAAGGCUGUGAAUAUGACAAAGGCUUUGCAGAAGACAAAGGAUGCGCAUAUGACAAAGGCUGUGCAGAUGGCAAAGGCUGUGUAUAUGACAAAGGCUGCGCUGAUGACAAAGGAUGUGCAGUUGACAAAGGCUGCGCAGAUGACAAAGGCAGUGCAGAUGACAAGGGUCUCGCAUAUGACAAAGGCUGCGCAGAUGACAAUGGCUGCAAUGAUGAUGACAACGGGAUUGAGGAUUGCGUGCUCCUGGGUGAUGACAAGAACCGCUCUGACGAAAAGUACCUGCAGUCAUAUAAGGAAGACGCCAAUAGUGGCUUAGCAAAGAAGAAGGCGUCGGGCACAGGACGGCAACUCCUAAAACGAAUCCAUGGAGUAUUAAGACGAUUGUGUUGCAUUCAGAAAAUCAAAGACUAACUUGACAAAAAAAUUGUUCUCUUCCAUUUAUUAUAUAGUUAUUUCAUUUGAAUAAAGUUUGAUCAACAUAA